CAGAUCGACCGCGCCUGGCUCGACAACGCCAAGAAGGAGGCGCAGACGGGCGUCGACAAGCUCGAGAUUGAGCUCAAGGGCUACAUGACCAACCUCAUCAAGGAGUCGAUCCGCAUGGGCUUCCGCGACCUCGGCCGCUUCCAGGCCCGCACCGGCGACCUCACGGGCGCGGUCCGCUCGUACACCAAGAGCCGCGAGUACUGCACCACGUCGAACCACGUCCUCGAGGUGUGCCUCGGCGUCAUCGAGGUCGCGCUCGACAUGGCCAACUACGCGUUCGUGCGCAACUACGUCGUCAAGGCGUCGGCGUCGAUGGAAGGCGCGCAGGCGGCGAGGGACGGCGGCAAGCCCAAGGCGGCACCGGUCAACCUUCCGGGCAUGGUCGCGCCGGCGCAAGACCCGAUCGAGGCGGCCAAGGAGCGUGAGCGCAAGGUCGUCGGCGAGCGCUUGACCGUCGCCGGCGGCGUCGCGUACCUCGGCUCGGGCGCGUACGACAAGGCGGCGCACGCCUUCACCGACAUUGGCUCCGAGGCGCUCCUCUCUGGUCCCGGCCACUUCAUCCCUGCCGCCGACGUCGCCCUGUACGCCGUCCUGACCGGCCUCGCGUGCUUCUCGCGCUCGGCUCUGCGCACCCGCGUCCUCGAGAACCCGGGUCUGAGGCCGUUCCUCGACCUCGAGCCGUACCUGCGCGACGUCGUGCGCGCCUUCUACGACAGCCGGUUCAAGGUUGGCCUCGACCUGCUCGCCAAGCACGAGGCCCGCCUUCACCUCGACAUGCACCUCGCGCCGCACGUCGACGCGCUCCUCGUCUCGAUCAAGCAGCGCGCGCUCCUCGCCUACUUUACGCCGUUCGCGUCCGUCUCGCUGUCGCGCAUGUCGUCGGCGUUCGGAUGGCCCGAGACGGCGACCAAGAAGGCCGUCGUCGACCUCAUCAAGCGCGGCCUCAUGAAGGCGCGCAUCGACCAGGCGCAGGGCGUCGUCGUCGCGAGGAGGACCGAGCCGCGUGUCGAGGCGUUCAAGAAUGCGCUCGAGCAGGGCGAGAAGAUGCAGCGCAAGGCGGCGGCGGUACAGCUCAGGAUGAAGCUGCUGCAGAACGAGAUCGUCGUCAAGCCGAGCAAGCGCGGCGGCGGCGGCGGUGGCGGAGGAGGAGGAAGCGGCGGAGGAGGAGGAGGCGGCGGCGGGAACAGCAGCUCGCGCAUGGACCACGACCAGCCCUCGUCGACCAUCACGCUCGAGUGA